AUGACCUCGACCGUUCGCUAUGGGCUGAAGCUAGCGGCCAGCCCCUUGACGUUGCUUAGGCCGCCUCUGCACCGUCUGCGCCGACCGCCCUUCGCCUCUACCGUCGCUCGCGUCUACCGCCUUCAUCCCGCCCUUCACACCUACACUUCGACGCCGAGACUUGCGGACAACUACACUGAAAAUACUGCUGCUGAGGUUAUGGAUCUUGUGUCAGAGAGUCAAGAGACGGUGCCAUCACAAAGCGAGGCUGCCCUGUCACCUCGUCCACCGACACUAAAACCUGGCGACUCGUUUGGGUCCGAGUUCUACGGAGAGCUGAAUGACUUCUCACUAGAGUCGCCCAAGAAUGACGCGGAAAAACUGCAGGAUGAGGAAGCAGCUGCAUCAGGCAGCGAAGAAGAGCCGGAGCCGCCUUUCGAGCUGACAUUCAAGAGGAAACCUUUGCCGGAACCAACGGGCCCGGAUGAGAUUCCCAAGGCCAUUCCCCCAAGCCUUUGGUCCCAUCAAUUGUACCAAGGUCCGGACGGACAAGAUAUCAUCGUCGACUACUGCUGUACCUUUGAGCAGUCGGAGUCAGUCGCUCAGCAUUUCCUCAACGAGCCUGUACUCGGCCUGGAUAUGGAAUGGCAUUGCUUCGCCUCUCCGACGAACAUCAAACAGAAUGCUUCUGUCCUCCAGCUGGCAUGCGAGGAUCGGAUCGCCAUCUUCCACCUAGCCCGUCACAAAGGCAACACAGCCGCCGAGAUUCUUCCACCCACUCUCAAGAAAAUCAUUGAAUCCGACGAGAUCCUAAAGGCUGGCGUUAAUAUCUAUGGUGCCGAUGCACCCAAGCUACGAAAACUCAACCUUGAGCCCAAGGGCCUUUUCGAGCUGAGCCAUCUGUAUAACCUUAUCGCAAACAAACGGACCGCUGGUGGGCACGUUCCCAAGUAUCUCAAGAAAUUGAACGAGCAAUCCAUAGAGAAGCUUGGACUUCCGCUCGAAAAGGGGAGUGUUCGGACUAGUGACUGGACCAAAGAGCUUAAUCAGGCCCAGAUCGAUUACGCAGCUGCAGAUGCCUAUGCCGGUUUCAUGUUAUUUCACGUUAUGAAUGAAGAGAGAAAGCAAAUGAAGCCGACUCCUCCACUUCCCGCGUUCGCGGAGCUUGGCUUGCCAGUCAUAGGAAUAUCGGAGAAGGAAGCAGACGCAGAAGAGCUUUCGGACUGCUCAAACCCAAUCGUCCGCACUAUUCCGCCACAAGAUCAGCUCCAAGGACUGUCUCUCCGCCUGUACGAGAAGCUUUGCUUAAAGCGGGCUGCGGUAGCAGCCGCAAGAGGCAUGAAAAGUAUCCAGCUCGCGUCUAACUCAGCCCUGGCGCGAGUGGCAACUGCUCAACCGCGGACGCUUCAGGCACUUCGGCAGGUGAAGGGUAUGGGGGACACCGCAGUGCAGAACUUCGGGCGCGAUUGCAUCUUGACCAUCGAGCGUUUCCUAACGCAAGGGGCGGACAACGUCCCCGACGAUGUGAUCAUCGAUGACCCUAUCAUAUCUACUCCUCCUCGAAAAAAACAAGGCUCGACGACUCUCGACGCUUCCAGUAGGCUCCUAUUCGACACUCUCUGCAUUAAACGGAAGGAACUUGCAGCAGAGGAGAGAAUUUCGAGCUUUCAAUACUACAGAAUUGCGAACAACAACGUUCUCACGAACAUUGCAAACAGACGUCCUACAACGUUCGAGGAACUGCUUGAGAUCUCCGGUAUUGGCAACUAUUCUGCAAAAAAGUUCGGGGAGCACUGGCUGUCUGUUGUCAAUAGCUUCAUCGCAGAAAUCCCGGAAAACUUUGCUCCGGAAGAAGAAGCGCAUGAGGACAAUGGCUCCGAAGAGAUGAUGUCUGAGGAUGACAUGCUAAACAUUUCCGCAGACAACCUCCCUCCCGGUGCAGAAGGCUGCCUGUCAGGGGAGCGCAUCGUAUUCACGGGCAUUUUGGACGCACUUGGCCGCACGGGAGCGCAAGAUCUCGCGAGAAAAUGUGGCGCAGAGGUCCUGGAAAGGCCAGACACUGAGACAACUUUAGUUGUGACCGGAAGGGAUGUUUCAGAAAAUAAACUGCAAUCUGUGGCGGAGUACAGACUCCACACCGCUACCGAAGAGGACUUCAUCGGUUUAGUUUUCCGCAAGUCAAGAGAAGCUCAUGCUACCGCUACGCGGCAAAGAGCCGAGCGGCCUCUUGGGUCACUUUCAGCCUUGACCGGAACUCUUGACCCCGUCACAGUUCAACAAGUUGACGAUCUUCCCCCUUCGGAGCGCGCUUUCCACAAUGCUCUCCGAGCCCUGCGCACGCAGCUCGCUUCCCUCAGCAAGAUGCCAGCUGCCAGCAUCUGCUCUGACGCUGACUUACGUGCAAUCGCCAUAGCCCAACCGCCUACGCGGGCGGAUUUCCUUCGUUUACCUGGCGGCAAGGGACUGGACGCAGUCGCGCGGCAGACAAACAAGAGCAUUAAUGACUUCCUCGCCAAACAUAACAGAAGCGUGCCCGCGGUUAGCCGGACGACAAGCAGAGAACCCCAGGUCAUCAGAAAUGUCGAGUCGUCAGGGGAAUCAGAUCAGGAUCAUGCUUUUGAGGAGCUGCAGACGACGGCACCAACGAAAAGGUUUGUGUAUGGAGAGGUUCAGGCUCCGCCGUCGUCGUCAAGGAAACGGAAGUUCUGA